AUGAGAGAAAGAAUGCAUACCAAUGACCCCCAAUUUAAAAGUCACUUUGCGCUGAAAAUAAAGCUAAAAGCGUUGCACCUUUUUUGCGAGGACUUAAGCGAUGUAUUAAAGCUAAAAUUUAGGAUUUACUACGAUGGCGAAGACGAGAGGAGUGUCCGCGUCUCCCCGGAGAGGGUUCGAGUGAUCGAGGUGUUGAACAGGGACUGCAACUUUAUGCUUAAGUCGAUCAUAAACAAGUCCAUCUACCUGCCCAUGGUGUGUCUAGGGGGGAAGUGUCCUCAGUUCAUUAACAUUAUUUGCAGCAUUGGCAAAGGAAGAGAGCUGGGCCUAAGGCUAUACCUUAAUAAAAAUUAUGCCUUCUUAAAGUAUUACGGCACGUACAAACUGUACAGCGUAUACGACUGCGACGAUGGCAGUGUGCGAGGCCACCUGGAACUGGCACUGGACCUAGUCAACUGCAACCGGUCCGUCCCCUACUUGGGGAGGGAGCCUUCCAAAAUGGGGAAGGACGACCACUACCUUUUGGCAACUGAAGUGUCGGUCAGCAAAUUGUGGAAGGAGAUGGUGGGCCAGAGGACGGAGAGGGAUGUCAACGCUUACGUGGAGUCCUUUAGGAUAAUGCGGGAAGAUGGCUUCAACGAAGUUCCUCUAACGGGCGGAAACACCCCCCUAAGCCUGUUUGGCGGCUCAGCCAAGCAUGUCUACGAGCAAGUGCCAAUUCCAUUAGUAUCCCCCGCUGGCUUGUUUGAUCACUUCUACAUGGAGGUGUUCCCUCGAUAUAAGAAGAGCAACCCAUCAUGGAUUAGAGUUGUUAACGAUGCUUAUGACAAGUACCUGUGCAGGCACUUCCAAAAAAAGGACAUGUACGAAGAGAUCCGAGCCUGCGCGCUCUUCUUCUACUUAGAGAGAAAGGCAAAUCAUAGGAUCCAGCUGGACGACGACUUUAAAUACGAAAAGAUAUCUGGGGAGAGCCCCCUGGACGUUUUCAAGUUGUUUGACGGAGAUGAGGUGUACGUAACGCAUGACUCUUGUGCAGUGGGAGAGGGUCUCCUGGGGAUUCUCAUUUUUGGGGACGACCGAACGGACACGGACCUCGCGUGCAAGACGUACAACCGAGAAGUAAAGGCGCAGCAGUGGAUCAACAAAGGCAUAGCCGAAGUUAAAAGCCAAAAUGUAAAGGGGCUGGCCAAGGAAUGCGGGAAAGGCAGGCUGGGCGAGACGGUCUCCUUGUCCUUGCUAUCUUUCAACCUAAGCGCGCUUGUAUCCUACAAGGGGUUCAAAAUGUACGUCAUUCCGUGCCCCGUCUUUCCGCUGACGGUUAGGAGACUGGACGGGGUCGGUGGCGAUCUCAAGCACGAAUUGAGGCUGCUGGAAAGGGCCAUCCCCACGUAUGCACUGCUCAGAGGGGAGAAGCGGAAGGAAGCCUUCCUGGUGAAGGACCAGUCGGAGGACAAUUACGUGUUCUACAAUAUUAACACAAUGUUCGUUGGCACGAAGAAGAGGCACUUCCCCAUUUUUGAAGGCCCACAGGGGGAAGCUCCCCACAAUGAGGAUAAGAACAACGAGGGGUUUUGCAAGGAAAAAUCUUUUUACUCAAAUGAGAUGAAGGUGAGAGAGGACCUCGACCUCUACUGUGAAGAGGCAGAGACAGAUGGAUGGGGUGGAGGCACACACGGGAAGGCGUCAGAAAAAUGCAUUGAAAAGUACACUGAAAAGUACACUGAAAAAUGCAUUGACAAAUACACUGAAAAAUACAUUGAGCGUGUGUUGAGGGAAAUGGAGAGCCUAUCCUGUAGUGUCCCAUUUGAUAGUGUCUCAUUAAAAAUGUACCUGCAUGGACGGGGGCUAAAAAUGAAGCACCUGGGGAAGAUGCUCAGUUGCGUGUCGCUUAGGUGGCUGUACGAAAUGAUUCAAAAUGAGAUUCUAAUCCGUUGCGUUAAGAGGUAUCUCCACUUGUGCGUGCGUGAGAUUUGCUUGUUUUGCAAAGGGAGGGUGAGUCAGCACGGGGGGGUAGGCGGAAUAGGCGGCGGGAUAGGAGGCGGACUACACGGUGCGGAAAACUGCUCAACCAACUCGGCUACCCCCCCUGCAGAGCUGGACUUCUCCGUGGAGUCCGAUUUGCUAAGCGAUGAGGUGGGCCUUCUAAACGGGGAGACAUCACCGCCACGUUGUUACGACGCAGGUGGAGACAACGCGACCUGCUCUGAGGCGUCUUCUCUACGCAGCGACGAUACGGGGGGAACCUCCGAAUGGGGGUACCGCCAUUACCUGCUGAGGAAGAGAGAAGCAAAACGGGAGCUUUGCUCGAGGAAGAAGGCGCUGAAGUCAUUUAUAGGCAUGAGGAAGGUGCUCAGCAGGAAGGUCCUCCUGGAGAGUCACUUGGGGAGCGCCCAGUCCAGCGGCGGGUUAAGCGGUGGGCUAAACGGAGGCUCUCCCAACUGGGGAAACAACCCACAAGGGCGGAACUCCCUUUUGAGCAAGCUCCUAAAUUUUGAUGCCUUCCAAAAGUACAGCAACGGAGAGGUGUACAUACUAAAAAGGAAGAAGGUGCAGGGAGGCACAAAAAUUGCGAAAAAAAAAUACAAAGGAGGUGUAACUCUAAUCGACAUGUUUGUCAUCAAUCUAUUCAAUCUGAUUUUCGCCCAGGAGAGUGGGGCAGACGGGGAUCUCCUGGCAGAUUUGCAAAACAUAGCUGCAAGGUUUUUUCACACGAAAGUGGGCAACUCGGUAGAGGCAGCUCAGAGGAAUUACCUUUUCACAAAUUUGCAGCCUUGCCUGGGCAUCUCCUUCCACCGCGCAUCAGUGAAUCAGCAGGGCGGUAGAUUCACCGUACACCACUUGAAGGCAUAUGGCACAAAAAUAAAGAGGUCCCUUAACGUUACGUACAUGCAGUUGCCAACCUAUAAGUACACGCAGCGGUAUGAAAGGAUACCUCUCGAUAUGGCGAGCGAAAAUAAGAAAAUCUUGUCGAGCGUUAUUUUUUUUACCCUCAUGUAUUAUCACCACCUGAGUGCAACUGACGAGGUGUACACGAGGGAGUUCUUCCUCAGGAGGGGAAGCUCUGAUGAAGAAGACACAAGCAGUAGACAUAAUAAGACACGCACAGUCAGGGCGAACUCUCUCACUCCAUCAAAAGACAAUUUGACAUUUUACAGCGACUCCAAUUAUGUACCUCUUUAUGGCUUCCUAAAUAUCGUUGCUGUGGGGGUGCAGCUUGGCUUCUUCGAAAGUACCGUGAAAAAGUUUUUUGCCCUUUUUCGAUACAUCCCAGAAAGGAGUGUCAUCUCGGUGCGCGUCCGGGUUAUGUGGCUGUGCAUGCACGCGCUGAAGGGGAGGUACCCUCAGGGGGGGGGCAUCCUCAGGGGAGAUACCCUCAGGGGGGAUACCCCUGGGGAUGAGAAGCCUUCCGAGAACAGGGCAGAGAAGCCCUAUAAAACGGGUAACAAAAAACGGGUGCUUCCCCCCUUCCGCGAAAAUUCCCUAGAUGAAGAAUCCACGCGAGGGAGCUUCAGCUCCGUGUCUGGCAGGGGGGUGUUCCUUCUUGACGACGAGUCGGUUGAGCAGUGCUCGGAUUGCGACGACCUUUGGAAUGAGGCGUAUGGGGAAAAAUCGAAUCUUCAACUGGGUGACAACUGGAGUGACUCAUCGGAGAGUCAAAUGAGACAAACCGAGCGCGGUGAGAAAUCCGACUGGAGGAAGGCGGAUCGGAAAAUUGCCUUUCGCGCUGGGGACAAGCUGGACCUUUAUAAGGCCACUCGCGAAUGCUGCUCCGCCAUCCUGAAUAGCUACUUUGUCUUCUUCCACCCGGUGCACCUGGAUUUCUACCUCUCCCUGGCGUGGUACAACCGCCGCGUGGAGAACUACCGGGAGCUCCUGCUGCUCCUCCGAACGGCCAUCCUGCUGCAGCUGAACAUGAGGCUGAAGAACCACCCCGGAGAAAGGAUCGAAGAUAUGGUGCAGCUGACUGACAAUUUUGAAAAUUUGGUUUACUUUAACUUUGACGUUUCUUCGCAUAAGGGUAGUGGGUUGCGGAAGGAAAAGGAGCACCUUCUCCUGGAGAGGGUCCGAAAUGCGUGCAACUUCUUUCUCAACAGCAUAUGCUAUCCCCAUGAGGAGUUAUUUCUACACGGUAACUUGGAGAUGAUGAUGAAGUGCUCCUCUGUCUAUAGCAUCCGCCUGGGGUGCACCGUCCACCAGUUUGCGAACACGUUAUUUUAUUACUAUUACACGAAUAGGGUUAUAAGGAAAUACCGGAAUGAGAAUUUCGUGAUGAAUGGGUCGCUCUGCUGCAUCUCCGUUUUGGAGCAUGUGCGUGAUGUGUACCAGUCGUUCGGCGCGGAGAAUGUGCACGUGGGUGGAGCGUCGCUGGACUUGGCGCUGAUGGCUUUGAAGACAUUCUUGAGCGAGAUGCCCGAGUUUGGUGGGAGCUGCGUGAUGGCCUACGCGCUGGCGAACGCGCGGCGAGCGGCGCAGAUCCUCCGGCGGAAGCUCGGAAUAAACCACCCCGACGCGCUGCACAGCCACUACGUCCUCAGCCUCGUCCACAUGUACCUGGACAGUGGAAAGUGCCUGCACAUGUUCGAGGAAAUCAGUUACUACCUGCUCAAUUACAAGUACCCUCAUGGGGAGGCAAACAAAACGAAUCGGGUCUACUGGUACGUCCCCGAUUUUGCCUUAACACAUGAAGGGGCUCACUCCACAGGGAGGAUCCCCAACCGGCGUAGAAUCAAGUGGUACCUCCUCCAUUCCUGGUUUAGCAUCUGCAUGCCGAUGAAGUAUUUGCGGAAAAUCCGAAGAAUUUUGUUUCUCCUUUUUUCUGCGGAGCGGUGUAGGAGGAGGAGCGGCCCAGGCAAGCGAGGCGCAAGCGUUGAUGGGCGGCGUGAUGGUCGACGUGAUGACCGGCGUGAUGACCGACGGGGUGACCUCCUUCCGGGGAAUGUCCUCUGGGCCUGUUCUAAGAACAUCGAUGAGGAACACAUAUUCCCGUAUGAGCAGCUGGUCUCCUGCAUACGUGGCUACAGAAACAUUUUCCCCCUCCAGGGUUUGUUAAGCCAAAUGGAAGAAUAUAACAAUCUACUCAAGUAUAAUAAGCACGUGGUGGAGGGGAGCACAAGCAGGGUGGGUCGAUGGGACGACAGAGGGGUAGCCACCAUGGAGACUCCCCAUCAUGGGGAUGACAUUCGAUUCGUACCUUUGCUUCUGAGCAGAGUCGACCCACAGCAUGGCAGCAAGGAAGAAGCCUUUUCUGAUGGCUUUGUAAAAAAUGCUAUGAACCAUAAAAACGAGUUUGCCAAUUAUUUGCAGCAUCCCCACUUUCGAAAUGACGAAGCUGUGGAGGAGUACCUCAAGAGGGAGACCCAAGAGGACACCAUAAAGAGGAAACAAAGCGUCACAGAUUAUUACUUAAAGAAGUUAAUCAAAAUGGUGGAGGGGCAAGUGGAGUUACUUUACAAGAGGGAGAAACACAAACAUGAUAGGAAGCUGCAUUUAUCCGGCCGGACGAACAAACUGUGUGCAAGUUUGCCUCUACAGAAGGAGAAGGAAAGGAGAAGCGAAAGGGAUAACCACACAGAGGGGUGUUCCCUUGGGCGGAAUGGCAGGGUACCCUUCAAUGGGAAAGACGUCGAAACUGCUUCUUUCUUAAGUUUUGAAAAACGUGGUGAUUGCUUGGGUGUAUCUUCAACUGGCUGUGAAGAAAAUUCCUCCAGUGGGCAGAGGAACGAUGGAAGUGGCGAUAAGGGGGACCGACGCGGAAGGGAGUAUGUGGGAGCUACACAGAUGGGGAAGUUGAGCGGCGCUUCCCUGGUGAACAACGAUGUGCACGUUUUGAUGAGCCUGCUGUACCACUUCCUCAACGUGGAGAGGCUCCGCCUGUUCUAUUCGCGCGCGGCGGACGGGCAGUGACUUCCCGCGGAGUCACGCCGGUGUUGUGUAGCGUCAUGUGAGCAUGUCGGUGGGUUGCUCUGUGCACUCCCCGAUGUGUUUUGGCGUAUUUUUAUUGCUCUUAUUUGAUUAUUUUAUUUUUUUUUUUUUUUCCCCAUUUCGUUGUUAUACCCUUCUUCCGUUGCGCCAAAUGGGCGGGGAUUUAUGGGGACCGCCCGCCACUUAACUGUUCUCCC